GUUGCUUGACGUAUCUCAGGUGCGCCUAUGCACUGUGAGAGAACACGCGGCGGUCCCGAAGUGUUCGUGUUUUCUUCGUGGAUGUUUGUUAUGCUUUGUUGAGUAUACGAGUUGGGAUUCAUCUUUUGGGGUAAGAUGAACCUCUUUUGUUUUUGUUUGGCUGGAACGGGAAGGCCGAAAGGAACUACUGUAUAAAGAGGUGUGUGUGAAAGCGCAGCAUGCAAUCCGUCCAAGAAGACAUGUGGGACCCUCAGGCCCCAUCUAAGCAUGCCUCCACCCUCCCACCUCGCCCCCCUUCCCACUCGCGCCUUGCUCACGUGACGAAAGCCCCGCCAGCCAAGAGGAUCACCUUCUAUAAAAGCGGGGACAGCCAGUUUGGGGGUGUCAGGAUGGCCAUCCACAAGCGUAGCUUCAAAUGCUUUGAUGCCCUGCUGGAUGACCUUUCUCAAAAGGUGCCCCUUCCAUUUGGUGUGCGGACUGUGACCACGCCGCGCGGCACCCACAUCAUCAAACAUCUGGAGGAUCUCCAGGACGGGGGUUGUUACCUCUGUUCCGAUCGGCGCCAGGCUAAACCAGUCAACAUGGAGCUCGCCAGCAAACGCCAAAGCAUUUGGCACCAUCACAGUCGCAUACCUCAACAACCAGAGAAGCUGUCUGCAUCCUCAUCUGGACAUGCGCCUCACAGACAUCGACGCAUCCUGCUGAUUAAGAAUACGGAACCUGGAAUGCGAAGGAGUCUGGCACUGAAUAGGAGAUCGACCAGAAGUAUGAGGGCUUUUCUUGAGGAGGUGUCUGAAAUGAUGCAGUUCCAUGUCCACAAAGUUUACAACGCAGAAGGGCGCAAAGUUGACAACAUUCAAGGUUUGAUGUCCUGCUCUGGAGUUUUGGUGUGUGUUGGCAAGGAGGCGCUCAGUCCAAUGGUGUUGAAGUUCCUUCGGAAGAGCUCAGAGGAAAAACUACCUGGUUUGGGUAGCAGGUCCCCCGGUCUUGGUCCAAGGACUCCUGGAAAUGGCACCCGGUAUCCCGGCAUUCAAGACAUAAGACCUGACCCUCACGGAGCACAGUCCAGAUCCAGCGACUGUAGUGAGGGGCAGGAAAGCAAGAAAAGUGUUAAUUUUGGUCUGGAGACCAAAAAGAGCAUAAUCCACCCUCGUUCUGAUUCCUCAGCCCGCUCCACUCGAGUCUCUUUGUCGUCAGAGAAGUCCUUUAGCAAUAGUGUAAGAGCCCACUCCCAGCAGAGACCAGCCAUUAUGAAUGAUGACAUUGAAAAGCGCGUCCUUGUUAACAAGGAUGGCACUCUCUCUGUGGAGAUGAGGGUGCGUUUUCGCCUCCGCAAUGAUGAGACCUUGCAGUGGUCCACACAGAUCAGAAAAUCACCUUCUCUGACGAGUGAGUGCUGCCAACCAAGCCAAGUGCAGCGCUCUUACUUAGAAAACGGCCAAUCAGAAAGCUACUCUGAUUCUGCAUCUUUCGACCCAGAUUGUAUGGAUUAUUCCAGUCAAUCUCGAAGUCAUACAUCCGAGGGGAACCACUGCGCCUGCUGCUACCAGAGGCAAGGGCAGCAGUACAACCUGUGGGACCCGGUACAGGGCCGCAAACAGCCGCCUGCCCCACCUCCACAUAUGACAAGCCACACUACAAUAAGGCACACACAUUCAUCCAGCUCGUCUUCAUCUUGUAACUCCAGGAGAAUGGUGUGCCGUCGGGAGAAACUCUCGAACUGUCGAAGAGGCUCAGCUUCAGAGCAGGGCCAACUUGUCCAGGAGCAAACGUGUGUGAUGGAGCAGGUAGAGAGCAGAGUAGACAUAGAGCAGGAUGGAGACACUCACGUUGAGGUGUGCAAGGUGAGCCGCUGCUCCAGUCGGAGUGAAGUGGUCACUUUGGAUGGCAACAUGAGACCUCCUAGCCAGAGGUCUGUUGAGGAGGAGCUGAUGGAGGAAGAAGUGGGACCUCCAUUGUCUAGAGUCAGCAGCUCAUCACGUGUUCUUCAGUCAUUAAAAGAAGACCAAGAUGAUGAUGAUGAUGAACUGCCACCUAGUGCUUCACAGUGCUCCCAUCGAAGUAAACUAUCGGCAACUGUAAGCAACAAGCUGGAGAACAAGGAGAGUCGAGGAAGUGGAGCAGUCACUGCAGCUGCAUCCUGUCUCUGUGGAGCCACCACACCUCACACCCCAACUGGAGCAGUCGGAAUGGCUCAAGCUCCCAGAUCCAACUCCAAUAUAAGUAGAGCCUCUUGCAGAUCCACCAAAGUCAUGAACCAUGAGGAUGAGAUUGAAGAGCUUGUUAAAGCUUUAUCUGACACCCCCGUGCAGUCGUGUGUAUGUCCUAAUUGCGGCGGUUACAAACUUGCAGCCCAUUCUAAUUCUGAAAGUAGAGCCUCAAAGAGCCUCCAACAAGCUUGUUCAAAGUCUACCUCACCUCUGGCAAGCCAAUCAAAUGCCAAUGAACGUGAACAUGAUGUUCUGUCCACACAGUCCAGCAAAACCAAUCUAAAAAGUCAUGGCUCAGCCCCAGAGAGCAGAGCAUCUAGUGUCAUGUCCACAAUGUCCAAUGCUGAGCCAACAGAACAGAAGCAAGAAAGGGCCACCUCCAUCAUAAGUCACAAGUCCAACACAUCACAGAAAUCUAGUCCCAUGAAUAAGAAGGAGAGAAGGUCCAGUGCUAUGUCAAGUCAAAGGUCCGACUGCAGUGGCACAACCGAAAGCCCUAACAUCACAGCAACAGAGGAAACGGAAGGAGGGGACAGUGACGACAUUGUUGCUAAAUCUUGUUUAUCACCAAAGAGUGUGUCAAGUGUCAGGAUUAACUCUCCAGUCGUGGAAGAAACGAACAGAAAUGAUACACCUCAUAGUUGUCGUUCUGCUAAAUCUACUGCAUCUAUCAAGUCUGGCAUGGCAGAGCGACCCAAUAGUGUCUUCUCUACGAAAUCUUCAAAGUCAAACAUAUCAAGAAAGUCCAAAUCAUCUCACGGUCAGUGCGCAAGAGAUGAACCAAUGGUAGUAGAUCCAACUGAAGAGGAAGAAGAACCAGAUAUGUGUCCGGAAAACCCAGAAGUUGAAGAUAUCAACGAAGAACAAGCUGAAGAACGGGCAACUAGUGCUUUGUCUGCUAAAUCGACUACUUCACGCCAGACCAACCGUAACUCAAAUUGCACUGCAGCAUCUCCAGAUCUAAAGGAAGAUGAUAUUUCUUCUAUUGAAGCAAAUGGGAAACCAAAAGAAGAUCAAGAACGGGUGUCCAGUGCCAUGUCAGUUAAGUCAAAGACUUCUGUGAGAUCCAAUGCUUCACAGAAGUCAAUGUCUAGCAACAAUCUCAAACCAACUUCCCCAAUACCAAAUGUAAUAACCAUUAAUUCCCCAGAAGAGGUUGAUGAGGUGAGUGAGGAAACCGGUGAAGGGGAAGAGGUAGAAGAAAAGCAAAGUAAAGCCUCUGAACAUUUGCAUGAUGAAACGCUGUCUCCCAGGAGAAUACGCUCACCUCGGUCCCACCCUUACAAAGCUAAGGCAGCGUCCCCAAGCAGUAAUGAUGCAAGAGGCCAGAGUGCUUUGUCGGUUCACUCCGCAACCUCUACUAAAUCUGGAAAGUUUAAAUGCCACUGCGGGACAGCUUCAACAUGUGAAGAGGGCAAGGACAAGGACGUGGGUGAAGAAAAUGAAGCAGAGAAACAGGAAGACAACUGGGAACUGAACGGAGACCCAGGAGGCACAGAGCCACCACUGAGUCCAAACUCAUCUGGGUCUGUCUCCCUUGGGUUGGCCUUGCCAGAUGACCAAGAGAUAGCUGACUCAGAUAGCGGCAAGUCGUGUGUUUCAUUCCACACUGGGACUCACAGCAAGGGCAGAUUGAGGACAGCAACUCCAAAUGUCCACAAAAGUCCUGAGUCCAAUAUUAAUGGGAGUACACAUGAAGUCCAUAUCCCUACUAUUGAAGUACCUGGAGUUGAUGGACAUGACGACUGUCGUAGUACCAGCCAGGCCUCAAGAGCCAGUGUUAAAAACCUUGAUGACAGCAGGCCCUCCUCCUCAUCUGGUAAUGCUAAAAACUCUAAGGUUGCUCAACAAUCUGAUGGAGCUCUGACAAAUGCUGAUUGCUCCAGGACGCCAACAAAUGCAGAGGAUAUCCCAGACAACGAGGGAGCUAGUUCACACUCCAGUGGUCCCUGUCGCCUUGGGACCAACUUAGCAGUUGACGCAAAAGAGAAUGCCUUGAAGCAAAGUAGAGCAGAAGAUGUUGUCAAAGCAAAUGACAUUGGAAGUGUUUCAUCUGUCAAAACAUCCAGUUCUCCAAAGAAAGAGGUUUCAUCCCAAUCUUCAAGGCAUUGUCCCAUGCACAACUCUAGACCUUGCAGUAAAGCUGAGACGUGUGGUAAAAGCGCCAUGUCUGCUGCUGACCUCCCAGACCAUCAAAAGUCCGAGGCAAGCAAAGCCAGCAGCACGUCCCGCAAGGAAAAAACCAAGAGGCAUCAGAUGAAGGAGAGUCAAAAGACUCCAGAUAAAGAAUAUGAAGUCACCCCUGCCUGUCUGCCCAAUGCUUCCCCGAGUGAAGUUGUCAGUGAUUGGUUGCGCAGCAUUCCUUCUGACAACAAUAUGCUCGUUCUUGACGACCUUGCCGAGUUUGAGCCAGACAAGGAAGUAGUAGCUGAAGCUGAAGAAGUAACAGAAUCAAAGGAGGAGAGCCCUAAGGGGGAAGAGGUAGACACAGAAGAUAAAGUGGAAGAUGAAGAGAAAGAAGAAGAAGGUGUAACAGAAGAAGACAAGACAAAUGAAGAUCUGGCGCCAUGUGCUAUGGAAACAUCUUACCGGCCUGACACUGUCUGGAUGAAUGGCAAGUCCUUGCCCAAAAACUGGCGCUCUUCAACUGCAGUGAUGAAGGUUCUUCUCAGUUCCUCUCUGGGGCGAUGUAGGAGCUUACCUGAGGUAUCUCCAGUAUAUGGCCGUAGACUGAGUACAUCAGCCAGGGGUCUCUUGGACUGUCUGGCCCAACUUCAGCUAAUUGAGCCCACUGGGAAUCAGGGCUGUAAUCAAAUUGACAGCCAAAACCGGAAGUAUGAGGACAUUAUGACCAUUCUCCAGUCCCUUUGGCUCACUGACCCUCGGGACAUUGACACCAAGGACAUUGGCACGGAGCAAGUGACUCCACCAAGGUCCUCUUCGGGGGUAGGUAUGAGCAGUGGCUCUGGUGGAUCGGGGAAGGACCAUGAAAAUCAAGGAGGAGAUGAAACACUCCCAAAAGAGUCUUCACAUGAGGAGGAGGAGGCAGCGGGUGAAGAGGAACCAGAACCAGAAACCAAGGACGCUAUGGCUGAGCUUGUCUUAGAAGAGGAGCCCUUGCACAGUGAGGACCAAAGUAAUGUACUUCCAGCUCUGGACAGCCUAAAAGCUGAGAACCCCUCAUCAUCAGACAAGAGUUCAGCCAAUAAUACCUUCAACUCAAGCUCCGGAACGCCUCCAACAGUUUUGCAUGCGCCCUUGUCCAAAGGACCAUCCCAUGAACCUGAUCCAGUGUGGGUCCUGCACCUCCUGAAGAAGCUGGAGAAGCAAUUCAUGAACCACUACAUCGAUGCUAUGGCGGAAUUUAAAGUUCGUUGGGACCUGGACGACAGCCUUAUUCUCGAUACGAUGAUCUCGGAGCUGAAGAACGAGGUGAGCAGUCGAAUUCAGAGGAGUAUAGAGCGGGAAAUGAGGAAGAUCCGGGGUCGAGCUGGCCGAGGUGAGAAGUCUCCACGGCCUCCUAAAGGAGUAAACCUCUCCAGGGAGUCCACCAUGACAGAGAAGAGGCGACGGAUGCUGAAGGUCAUGAAGAACCAUUCAGUCAAAACUGCUGACUCUUUCACUGACGGAGAUUUGACAGUAGAGUUCAGCGACCAACGAAGCGAUGAUGAUUACUGCCCCUGUGAUGCUUGUGUACGUAAGAAAAUGGCGGCACGGCCUGUCAAAAUGCACCCGGCGGCUGCCGAAGCACCAGUGAUGAUGGAGUUUGACCUCCUGAAGAUACUUCAGCUCAAGAAGACCCCAGCACCCAUACCUCCAAUCGCACCGCAGCGUUCAAAUAGUGCGGCCAUAGAAGAGGAUGGAAGGAGUUUAGAGGUUGUACAAGAGGAAGAAGAGGACAAUGACUCCAAUGAGGAUAGCACAGACCCUGAGGAGGAUGCAGGGGAAGACGUAAAAUAUGACGGUGAUCAGAAGAAAAGCGGUGAGAAAAAUGAGUCUGAGAUAAGCGGAGAAGGAAAGUGCUGCCAAUGCAGCAGAGGGGAAACUCCAGAGAGACAGGAGGCUGAGGAAACAACUGAUAACAUGGCCGGCGAAGUAGACAAGAAUGGCGAUGAUGCUGAAGAUGAGGGCGAAACAGCAGAUGACGUGGGUGAGACAGAAAUCUGUCUGAAAGAGGAGCAUGACAGCGAAAACAGAGCUGCGGAAGAAGAGACCACUGAAAGAGGAGGCGAUGGAGAGGAUGCAGGAGAGGGAGACGCCAUAACAAAUCAGGAUAAUGAAGAUACAAGACUUUUGGGGGAGGAGGAGGAGGAGGAGGGGAAAAGCAGUGCCUCAGCAGGAGCAGAGGAUGAAGAGGAGGAUGGGACUGAAGAGGCUCAAGAUGAAGGGGACUCAUCACAGCAGGAAAGAGUCUCACCAAAGGAUCAUAGCUCAACCGGGGCUGCCUGCAUGACCGAGGGCGAGGAAGCCGAUGCUGAAGACUCGGAUGCUGACGGUAAACGUCCAAGUGACACCGACGCUGAUGAGUCGGGUGCAAAUGGAGGGAAAGAGGAGGAUGCUGCUCUCCUCCAUCAGUUCACCAGGACCUCAGUGGAGUCCCAGCCAGGCUCCUUGGAGGACUGAUACCCUCACACGUAAUCAUCGGGCUUGAAAGGAGAGGAUCUGGUACAGCUUGGCUCUUUCUCGAACAAACCAAGCACGUAAAAACAAAAACCAGAACACUUGAUGCACUUUAUCUUGCUGUUGGAGUCUCAGUCAUACUUGAAACAUCAACAUAGCCAAUGGUAUUUACUAGCAAUUAUACAAAUUAUAUUUGUACACUUUUAACAUGAAUUUCUGUCUCAUAUUACAUUUUUAAACUUCAAGAUGUUCGACAAUUGAUGAUUUUAAUGGGUUUUUUUUUUGUAAAAUACGUCCCUAUAGCCAGCUGCUUAAAUCUAAUACGGCACCCGCUCAAGAUGUGUAAUCUGAUUACUUAAAGAAAUAAUGAGAGUUUAUAUGCUGAGCUCUUAUAUCUGUGCUGUAUAUUUCAUUAGAAGCCUUAAAAAUAUAUACAGGAAAUUGCAUUGAAGAGUGUCAUCACCUUGAGGCCAGGAAACACAUCAUACAGUAUAUUGAAUAGUAUUUCUUCCGACCAGUACGAGUAGUUUUCAGUGCUUUAGUGUCUGACUGGAUCAAUGAGCUGUAAGGUGUCCCGCAUGCUGUACGUUCAGAUGGGGUUUUGUGUGAGCACUCAUGUGGACCGGCGGUGUGAUGUGUGUUACUGAUGCCUUACCGUAUCCAUGGUUAUAUGAAGUUGAUGUACAGAAACAAAGAAACAGCUCGUGCUUAAGUGGAUGCAGGGUUCCACACUUCCUCUGCGUGUGUGGUCUGGUGUCUCUGCUUAGAAAGGGGCCUGUGAUGCACACAUGAAUUAAAUAAAUAAAGGAAAUGUACAUUACAA